AGAUAAUCGGGUCAUUUUUAGACGGCUCUAGCAUGGCGAGAUUCCAUCUGUUGCAGGCUCUGUCAUCCUCAACCUUCUAGCAGCAGCCGCAACUUCAAUCCAUUUCAUUCCAUUGAAUCUUCCUUUACCUCUUCAAUCCUAAUUUACAUUCUUCAAAGUGACGGCGAAUUUCAUGGCGGCCAGUAUGUUUGCACUUCGAUUCUGCGCCACUCCUGGCACUGCCUUUGUUCAAUCUUCCAAUUCCCAAUUGUUCAACAAUGCUAACAUUUCCAAAUUCAUUCAUUUCCAACGACUUAAAUUCUCUUCUCUCCGUUGUUUCUCUUCUUCUUCUGUCUCUGCUAGUCCUAUCCAACGUAUCAAAGUCCAUAACCCUAUUGUUGAAAUGGAUGGUGAUGAAAUGACGAGAAUCAUAUGGAAAUUGAUCAAAGAUAGGCUUAUAUUUCCGUUCUUGGAUUUGGAUAUUAAAUACUAUGAUCUGGGGAUUCUUAAUCGUGAUGCAACUGAUGACAGGGUCACUGUGGAAAGUGCUGAAGCUACUCGCAAGUAUAGUGUUGCGGUAAAAUGUGCCACAAUAACGCCAGAUGAAACAAGAGUCAAAGAAUUUGGACUGAAGUCUAUGUGGAGAAGUCCGAAUGGCACUAUCAGAAACAUAUUGGAUGGGACUGUUUUCCGUGAGCCAAUUUUGUGUAAGAAUAUUCCAAGGAUUGUUCAGGGUUGGAAAAAGCCAAUUUGUAUAGGUAGACAUGCUUUUGGUGAUCAAUACCGAGCCACUGACACACUCAUCCCAGGCUCUGGAAAACUUAAAUUGGUAUUUGUUCCAGAAGACGGGGAGAGUUCUGUUGAACUUAAUGUCUAUGACUUCAAAGGGCCUGGAGUUGCUUUGGCGAUGUAUAAUGUUGAUUCGUCCAUUCGAGCUUUUGCGGAAUCAUCAAUGUCGUUGGCCUUUGCAAAGAAGUGGCCGCUUUAUUUAAGUACAAAAAAUACUAUCCUAAAAAAAUAUGAUGGCAGGUUUAAAGACAUAUUUCAGGAAGUAUAUGAAGAGAAGUGGAGGCAGAAAUUUGAGGAACACUCAAUCUGGUAUGAGCACCGGUUGAUCGAUGAUAUGGUUGCUUAUGCGUUAAAAAGCGAAGGUGGAUAUGUUUGGGCAUGUAAAAAUUAUGAUGGAGAUGUCCAGAGUGAUUUGCUUGCACAAGGUUUUGGGUCUUUAGGUCUAAUGACAUCUGUGCUGCUAUCUUCUGAUGGCAUUACUCUAGAGGCAGAGGCCGCUCAUGGUACUGUGACACGACACUUCCGAUUGCAUCAGAAAGGGCAAGAAACAAGCACUAAUAGCAUUGCUUCUAUAUUUGCAUGGACGCGUGGAUUAGAACAUAGAGGAAAGCUCGAUGGAAAUCAGAGUUUGCUUGAUUUUGUUCAAAAAUUGGAAACCGCCUGCAUUGAGACAGUUGAAUCAGGAAAAAUGACAAAAGAUCUGGCCUUACUGAUUCAUGGGCAAAAGGUUACUAGAGAACACUACUUAAACACCGAAGAUUUCAUUGAUGCUGUUGCUCAGAAUCUUCUUGCAAAGAUCAGGGUACCAUCACACUAAAUACUGCAUUUUUUACCCUUGAAGAAAACGAAGAUAAAAUGUUCUUAGUUAGACGCAGAUGAUCAUACUAAAGCAAUAAGGCCAUUAAUGAUCAAUUUCAUGGUUCUCGAAAAUUUUCGUUUGGUUCUAAUCGCUAAUGCCUUUUUACAUUUUCCUGAAAUUUUGUACUAUUUUCUUCACAAAUAACUUUUUGGGCAUUACCAAAAUAGAAAAGGGACAAAAAUGUUGCUGUUUACAUUAGUUAGGUUAAGAAGUACUUCAUAAGAUCUUAGUUAUGAUUCCUUGAUGUUGAAGGAUUGUUUGCGGUACAAAGUCAUUUUCUUCCUGGUGACAGUUAUUUCUGACAAUAUUCUUGGCAUCCACCAAAAAGAAGAACAGUUAGGAGCAUAUUUGUGAUUAUCUUUGUUGGCGGCAAAUGGCCAUUGGCAUGUGCAUUGUAGAAGCUUUGCUAUAGGAAUAUGAGUAUUAGUACUUGUUAAAAUUAGUUGGGCUGUAUCAAUCAAUCUAUAUGUAGCUUUUCAUCCUUUUUAGGGUUUCACAUGCUAUGCUGCUACUAGCUUCUUGCCCUCUCUAUGGUAUAUUUUAUUUUGGUAUCUUUUCUCCUGGACCCUGACUUUGUGCGGGAAUAAUGAGUGGAUGAUUAUGACUACGAUCUUCUAUUCGCUCCUAGCUUCUAAAUGGAAGUAAGGUAUAAUUGUUAUUUUUCUCCUCUUUGUUGGAAUUUUGACCUAAAGUAAAACUUAAAUAAACUAAAUUUUUGGCUCUAAGGUUAAGUUUAUUAUACUGGGGUGA